AUGGAUCCUGAACCAAGUAUCAAGGGUACCAAGAAGGCUGAGGGAAGUCCCCGGAAGAGGCUGACCAAAGGAGAGGCCAUUCAGACCAGUGUUUCUUCUAGUGUCCCAUACCCAGGCAGCGGCACAGCCCCUGCCCAAGAGAGCCCCGUGCAAGAGCUCCUAGCCCCGCAGCCCUUCCCGGGCCCCUCAUCCAUUCUUAGGGAAGGCUCUCAGGAGAAAACGGGCCAGCAGCAGAAGCCACCUAAGAGGCCCUCCAUCGAAUCCUCCGUCCACAUCUCACAGCUUCCACAGCACCCUCUGACACCAGCAUUCAUGUCACCCGGCAAACCCGAGCACCUCCUGGAGGGUUCCACAUGGCAGCUGGUCGACCCCAUGCGGCCUGGACCCUCAGGCUCCUUUGUGGCCCCUGGUCUCCAUCCUCAGAGCCAGCUGCUGCCCUCCCAUGCCUCCAUCCUUCCCCCCGAGGACCUGCCUGGCAUCCCCAAAAUCUUCGUGCCUCGCCCCUCCCAGGUCUCCGUGAAGCCCGCAGAAGAGGUGCACAAGAAGGAGAGGAAACCACAGAAACCAGGCAAGUAUAUCUGCCAGUACUGCAGCCGGCCCUGCGCCAAGCCCAGCGUGCUGCAGAAGCACAUACGCUCACACACGGGGGAGAGGCCCUACCCCUGCGGCCCCUGCGGCUUCUCCUUCAAGACCAAGAGUAACCUCUACAAGCACAGGAAGUCCCAUGCCCACCGUAUCAAAGCGGGCCUGGCCUCCGGCAUGGGCGGCGAGAUGUACCCCCAGGGGCUGGAGAUGGAGAGGCUCCCCGGGGAAGAGUUUGAGGAGCCCACUGAGGGAGAAAGCACAGAUUCUGAAGAGGAAACCGGUGCCACCUCUGGGCACCCCGCAGAGCUCUCCCCCAGGCCCAAGCAGCCCCUUCUCUCCAGCGGGUUGUACAGCUCUGGGAGCCAUGGGUCCAGCCUCGAACGCUGUUCCUUGACCCAGUCCAGCUCAGCCCUGUCUCUUGAGGACCCCCCUCCAUUUGUGGAACCCUCAUCUGAACACCCCCUGAGCCAUAAACCCGAAGACACCCACACGAUUAAGCAGAAGCUGGCCCUCCGCUUGAGUGAGAGGAAGAAGGUAAUUGACGAGCAGGCCUUUCUGAGCCCAGGCAGCAAGGGGAGUACAGAGUCUGGGUAUUUCUCCCGCUCUGAGAGCGCAGAGCAACAGGUCAGCCCUCCAAACACCAACGCCAAGUCCUAUGCUGAGAUCAUCUUUGGCAAGUGCGGGCGGAUGGGGCAGCGGACCUCCAUGCUGACAGCCACCUCCACCCAGCCACUGCUGCCCCUGUCCACUGAAGACAAGCCCAGCCUGGUGCCUUUGUCUGUGCCCCGCACGCAGGUGAUCGAGCACAUCACAAAGCUCAUCACCAUCAACGAGGCUGUGGUGGACACCAGCGAGAUAGACAGUGUGAAGCCAAGGCGCAGCUCUCUGUCCAGACGCAGCAGCAUGGAAUCCCCCAAGUCCAGCCUCUACCGGGAGCCCCUGUCAUCCCAUAGCGAGAAAACCAAGCCGGAACAAUCACUGCUGAGCCUGCAGCACCCGCCCAGCACCGCCCCCCCUGUGCCUCUGCUGAGAAGCCACUCAAUGCCUUCUGCCGCCUGCACUAUCAGCACCCCUCACCACACCUUCCGAGGUAGCUACUCCUUCGAUGACCACAUUGCCGACACCGAUGCCCUGAGCCGCAGCAGUCAAGUGUUUACCUCCCACCCCCGGAUGCUGAAGCGCCAGCCAGCAAUCGAAUUACCUUUGGGAGUGGAGUACAGUUCCGAGGAGGCUGGACCAAGUAGCAAAGACACAGCCUCCAAACCCUCAGAAGAACCGGAACCCAAGGAAAGUGAACUUAGUAAAAAGAGCAAGAAGGGUUUGAAAACAAAAGGGGUGAUCUAUGAAUGUAACAUAUGUGGUGCUCGGUACAAGAAAAGGGAUAACUAUGAAGCCCACAAAAAGUACUAUUGCUCAGAGCUUCAGAUCACAAAGCCCAUCUCUGCAGGUGCUCACGCAUCUCUGGAAGUUGAAAAGAGUCAGGCUGAGCAUGAGCCGUGGUCCCAGAUGAUGCAUUAUAAACUGGGGACCACCUUGGAACUCACGCCACUGCGGAAGAGGAGGAAAGAGAAGAGCCUGGGGGAUGAGGAAGAGCCACCUGCCUUUGAGUCGACAAAAAGUCAGUUUGGCAGCCCCGGGCCCUCCGAUGCUGCUCGGAACCUUCCCCUGGAAUCCACCAAGUCACCAGCAGAACCAAGUAAAUCAACGCCCUCUUUGGAGGGACCCAUGGGCUUCCAGCCAAGGACUCCAAAGCUAGGGUCCAGCUCAGAAUCAGGGAAGGAGAGGAGAGCCACGUCCAAAGAAAUUUCUGUCAUCCAGCAUACCAGCUCCUUUGAGAAGUCUGACUCUCUCGAGCAGCCCAGUGGCCUGGAAGGGGAUGACAGACCUCUGGCCCCAUUCCCAUCUCCCCCACUUGCCCCACACGGACGCUCGGCUCACUCCCUGCAGCCCAAGUUGGUCCGCCAGCCAAACAUUCAGGUUCCUGAGAUCCUGGUGACUGAGGAGCCCGACCGGCCAGACACAGAGCCUGAGCCGCCCCCUAAGGAACCCGAGAAGACAGAGGAGUUCCAGUGGCCCCAGCGCAGCCAGACACUUGCCCAGCUCCCGGCCGAGAAGCUGCCACCCAAGAAGAAGAGACUACGCCUGGCAGAGAUGGCCCAGUCAUCAGGGGAGUCCAGCUUCGAGUCCUCUGUGCCACUGUCUCGCAGCCCGAGCCAGGAGAGCAGCAUCUCUCUGAGUGGGUCUAGCCGCUCUGCUUCCUUUGAGAGGGAUGACCAUGGGAAGGCUGAGGGCCCCAGUCUCUCAUCUGACAUUCGCUCUAAACCCUUGGGCACCCACAUGCUGACUGUGCCCAGCCACCACCCGCAUGCCCGAGAGAUGCGGAGGUCAGCCUCAGAGCAGAGCCCCAACGUUUCCCAUUCUGCCCACAUGACUGAGACUCGCAGCAAAUCUUUUGACUAUGGCAGCUUGUCCUUGACAGGCCCUUCUGCACCAGCUCCAGCAGCCCCUCUGGCACCAGUGGCCCCACCAGAGAGAAGAAAAUGCUUUUUGGUGAGACAGGCCUCUCUGAGCAGGCCUCCAGACACAGAGCUGCAGGAGGCUACCCCCAAGGGAAGACCAGAGAGUGAGGAACCAUCACCCUCAUCCAGUAAACCUGCUGCCAAAAGCUCAUUGCCCCAGACUUCUGCAGCAGGUGCCCUGCACGGUGGGCACCCAGGAGGCAAGAGCCAGGGGCAGGACAGACCCCCACUGGGGCCCACUACACCCUACACAGAAGCACUGCAGGUGUUUCAUCACCCCACAGCCCAGCCUUCCUUGCAUGAGAAGCCAUACCUCCCCCCGCCUGUCUCCCUUUUCUCCUUCCAGCACCUCUUACAGCAUGAGCCGGGACAGUCCUCAGAAUUCUUCUCCACCCAGACCAUGUCCAGCCUCCUCUCCCCACCAUACUCUGUGCCCCCACUCCCUCCCUCCUUAUUUCAAGCCCCACCACUUCCUCUUCAACCUGCUGUUCUGCACCCAGGCCAACUGCAUCUCCCCCAGCUCAUGCCUCACCCAGCCAGCAUCCCUUUUCAGGAGCCCCCUUCUUUUCUCCCCAUGCCAUACCCUCCUUCCUCAGCACUUUCUUCUGGAUUUUUCCUGCCUCUGCGAUCCCAGUUUGCGCUUCAGCUCCCAGGCAAUGUGGAAAGCCAUCUGCCCCAGAUCAAAACCAGCCUGGCCCCUCUGGCAACAGGGAGUGCUGAUCUCUCGCCCAGCACAGAGUAUAGCAGUGACAUCCAGCUGCCCCCCAUUCCUCCCCCACCCAGCACCUCAGCUCCCACAUCAGCCCCUCCACUGGCCCUGCCUGCUUGUCCAGAUGCCAUGGUGUCCUUGGUUGUACCUGUCCGUGUUCAGACCAACAUGCCAUCCUAUGGGAGCGCAAUGUAUACCACUCUUUCCCAGGUCUUGGUCACCCAAUCCCAAGGAAGCUCAGCAACUAUGACUCUUCCCAAGUUUGAGGAGCCCCCAUCCAAAGGAAAGACAGUGUGUGUGGCAGACGUGCAUGAGGUUGUGCCUGGGCCAUCUGGGUUAAGUGAAGAGCAAAGCAGAGCUCUUCCAACUCCAUACCUGAGAGUGCCUGUGACAUUACCUGAAAGAAAAGGCACUUCCCUGUCAUCAGAGAACAUCUUAAGCCUAGAAGGAGGUUCAUCAACAGCAGGGGGAAGCAAACGUGUUCUUUCACCAGCUGGCAGCCUUGAACUUACCAUGGAAACCCAACAGCAAAAAAGGGUGAAAGAGGAAGAAGCUUUCAAGGCAGAUGAAAAACUUGAGCUAGUAAAACCAUGCAGUGUGGUGCUUACCAGCACUGAGGAUGGGAAAAGACCAGAGAAAUCCUCAGGCAGCCAGGGACAGGGCAGGAGGGAGCUAGAAAUGCUGUCUUCAAAUCCAUCUGACCCAAAGGAAAUUCCGACCCUCCCACACUCCACAUUGCCCCAUGGGACAGCCCCAGACUCAGAAGCUUUGAAAGAAUAUUCCCAGCCCUCUUGCAAACCUCAUCGAAGAGGGUUGCCCACACUGAAGAAAGAAGAUUCCAAGGAACAACCUGACCUCCCUCCCCUGGCACCUCCCAGCUCUCUGCCUCUGUCAGAAAUGCCCUCCAGACCAGCCAAAUUGCAAGAAGGUACAGACUCAAAGAAGGUACUGCAGUUCCCCAGCCUCCACACAACCACUAAUGUCAGUUGGUGCUAUUUAAACUACAUUAAGCCAAAUCACAUCCAGCAUGCAGAUAGGAGGUCCUCUGUUUACGCUGGUUGGUGCAUAAGUUUGUACAACCCCAACCUUCCGGGGAUUUCCACUAAAGCUGCUUUGUCCCUCCUGAGGUCUAAGCAGAAAGUGAGCAAAGAGACAUACACCAUGGCCACAGCUCCACAUCCUGAGGCAGGAAGGCUUGUGCCAUCCAGCUCCCGCAAGCCCCGCAUGACAGAGGUUCACCUCCCUUCGCUGGUUUCCCCAGAAGGCCAGAAAGAUCUAGCUAGAGCAGAGAAGGAAGAAGAGAGGAGAGAGGAGCCAGAGGAGGAGGCUCCUGCCUCCCAGAGAGGGGAGCCGGUGAGGAUCAAAAUCUUCGAAGGAGGGUACAAAUCAAACGAAGAGUAUGUAUAUGUGCGAGGCCGCGGCCGAGGGAAAUAUGUUUGUGAGGAGUGUGGAAUACGCUGCAAGAAGCCCAGCAUGCUGAAGAAACACAUCCGCACCCACACUGACGUCCGGCCCUAUGUGUGCAAGCACUGUCACUUUGCUUUUAAAACCAAAGGGAAUCUGACUAAGCACAUGAAGUCGAAGGCCCACAGCAAAAAAUGCCAAGAGACAGGGGUGCUGGAGGAGCUGGAAGCCGAAGAAGGAACCAGUGACGACCUGUUCCCAGACUCGGAAGGGCGAGAGGGCUCAGAGGCAGUGGAGGAGCACCAGUUUUCAGACCUGGAGGACUCAGACUCAGACUCAGACCUGGAGGAAGACGAGGAUGAAGACGAGGAGGACAGCCAGGACGAGCUGUCCAGACCGUCCUCAGAAGCACCCCCACCAGGCCCACCAGCUGCACUGCAGGCAGAUUCCUCACCCAUUCAGGGCCCUCUGCCCCCAGAUGCCACCUCUGGCAAUGAGGGUACACGCGGCAGCUCAGUCUCAGAAGCUGAGCACUUGAUAGCCAGCAGUUGCUCCCCAUCCAGCCACAGCAUCCUGUGCCUCCCCAGGCUGGGACUGGCCCCUUCGGGCCCUGUGGAGAAGGAGACAGUCUCGGCCCUGAGCUCCAAGUCCAUGUUGCCGAGAAGACCAUGGUCCCCAAGCAAAGAAGCAGUCAGCCGCCUACCACUAGCCCGCAAACACUCACUAACCAAAAGUGACUCAUCUCCCCAGCAAUGUUCACCGGCCCGAGAACCACAGGCCUCAGCCCCGAGCCCACCUGGCCCCCAAAUGAGCUCUGGAAAGGACACAGGCCCUCUCCUUUGUGGGUCUCCAAGACUUGAGCUGUCUCCUCUCACCACCCGGCCCCCUCGAGCACAUAUUCCCCCCAGACACUCACCCACCAGGAGAUGGUCUCCGGGUCAGGCCGAGUCACCACCACGGUCAGCGCUGCCAGGGAAGUGGGCCUUGGCGGGGCCGGGCAGCCCCUCCACGGGCGAAUGUGGCCCAGGCUUGGGGCUAGCCCCGCAGGUUCUCUUCCUGCCCACGCCUCUACCUCACAAGUUUCUCAGCAGAAGCCCCGAGCCCUGCGCCUCCUCAUGGCAGAAGGCCGAGCCCCGAAGUCCCUCCUGCUCGCCCGGCCCUGCUCAUCGUCUCUCCUCUAGACCCUUCUCUGCUCCCCAUGACUUCCACAGCCACACCCCAGCCCGGACAGAAGAUAACGUCUUCAGCCACCUGCCUCUGCACUCCCAGCAUUUGGCCCGCGCCCCAUGUCCCUUGAUUCCCAUCGGUGGGAUCCAGAUGGUGCAGGCCCGGCCAGGAGCCCACCCCACCCUGCUGCCAGGGCCCACUGCCACCUGGGUCAGUGGCUUCUGCGGGGGUGGCAGCGACCUGACAGGGGCCCGGGAAGCCCAGGAGCGAGGCCGCUGGAGUCCCACUGAGAGCUCAUCAGCCUCCGUGUCACCUGUGGCUAAGGUCUCCAAGUUCACACUCUCUUCGGAGCUGGAGGGCAGGAACUACCCCAAGGAGAGAGAGAGGACAGGAGGAGGCCUAGGCAGACCUCCCGAUUGGGAACCCCAAGAGGCCAAGGCACCCACAGAGCCAGCGCCCACACAUAGCCCAUGCGCCCCGCCACCCCAGGGCCACCGGGCAGCGCAAUCCUGGAGCCCCUCUUUGGAGUCUCCGCACACACUGGUCAACCCUGAGGCUUCUGCCACCCCACAACUGGACCGCAGCAGCUCUGUGGGCUGCUUGGCGGAGACUUCCGCUAGCUUCCCAGCCCGGAGGAGGAACCUUUCUGGGGAACCCAGGACCAGGCCAGGCUCUCCACAGCCCUCAGGAAGUCGGGAGCCCACGGCACCUCCACACCAGCCUGAGGACUUGGGCCCCUCAAAGCACUUAGCCUCUCUUUGACCGCUUCAGCAUCUGGCUUCUGGUGUUCAGCAACAGACAUUUCCAGCCAACUUCCUCGAGUCAUCCUGCUUUCAUGGGACCCACUUCCAUCUGUCCCUCUGUCCAAGCAG